CAGUUUAUCUUUUCAUUCCAAAUUCCAACUCAAAUCUUUAACGAAAUUACUGCAUUAUCUUAAUUAAAUUUUUGUGUUCCAUUUGUGAUGACAACAAAUGAUUAAUAAUUUGACGUUUAUAAAUAGUUAUGAAAAAACAUAUCCCUUUUGUUGCAUACAGAAAGGUGUAUAAUUGGACGAUAAAAUAUGUUGUAUUAUUGUUUAUCUGUGCAUUGUUUGGACUGUGUUCAGUUUACAUAUACUUUUUUUAUUCGCAAUCUACGAUAGGAGAAAAUAUUAUGGACGAACCCAUUCCACUUACAAAACAGGAUCAAAAAGUAAUUUUCAAUGGAAAAAAGUUUGUUCACUUAGAUCUAAAAGGUGCUCCACCAAAAGUAACCUAUUAUGAGUAUCUUUUUCCCUUACUUGCUAAAAAUGGAGUAGCUGGUGUGGUUAUUGAAUAUGAAGACACUUUUCCGUUCAAGGGAAUUCUUCACAACGUAUCUGCCCUCAAUGCAUAUACAAGAAAAGAAAUUGAUAUGAUAAAUAACUUAGCUGAUAAAAACCGAUUGGAGAUCGUACCACUCGUCCAAACUUUCGGUCAUUUGGAAUUCGUUUUAAAAUUAGAAGAAUUUAGGGAGUUGCGGGAAGUACCUGCAUUUCCACAGGUAUUGUGUCCUUCAAAUACGAAAUCACUGCACAUUGUAAGUGAAAUGCUAACCCAAAUUAUAGAAGCACAUCCUUACACUGCAACAAUUCAUAUUGGUGCUGAUGAAACACAUUAUCUAGGAAGAUGUAAGGAAUGUAUCACAAGGAUGAAAUUCCAGAAUAUCACAGGAGAAGGAUUAUAUUUGAAGCAUAUUGAAAACGUUCGCGAUUUCCUCAGGCGAAAAUUUCCGCUUUUGAAGAUUUUAAUGUGGGACGACAUGCUGAGGAAUUUUUCAGAAGAAGAAACUGUAAAUGGUUUUGAUAAGUUGGGUAUUACACCUGUCGUUUGGCAGUACGAAACUGAUGUGUUCAACGCACUAGGACCGUCACUUUGGGGUCAGUACUCUAGACAAUUCAAAAAAGUGUGGAUUGCUUCAGCAUUCAAAGGGGCUGCAGGUGUGGAUCAAUACAUUGUUGACGUUUCUCACUACAACCAGAACCACCGUUCUUGGAUGGACGUGGUCGAAAAUUACAAAUUCUUAUUAAAAUUCGAAGCAAUCAUACUAACAGGCUGGCAAAGAUACGACCACUUCUCCAUACUAUGCGAAUUGUUGCCUGUUGCAAUUCCAUCACUCCUCAUGAAUUUGAAAAUAUUGGACGGAGAUGGGGAAAAUCGUUUUGGACCUACCAAAGAAGUCGCCCAAAUUCUGAACUGUCAACAACCCUACGCCUUGAUGGGUCCUUCGUUUGGAAGCCCCCAAUGCGCGUAUCCAGGAAGCGAUAUCUUAGAAAAUGUGUACAGACUCCACCAGCUCGAGGAAGAUUAUCGGGAGCUGAGAAAGAGUUCAAGCAUCAAGGGUUGGAUGUCGAGUUACAAUAUCCAUCAUAAUUUUUCUAGUCCGGGCCAUAUUUAUAAUAUCGCCCCGCAUUUGUCGCACUUAGGACAAGAAAUUAAGGAAAUCGAAAAUGAUAUGUCGAAGGCUUUGUUGGAAGUCUACGAUGAUUCAACGAAAAACGAAUGGAUAUUUACUUUUAUUCAACCCUUAAAGAAAGAGAUUAAUGAAUUGUUGAGGGUGAAGGACGAACUUUUAAAGAGGAAAGUUUGGCCAAGACGACCCUUCAAAUACGAGGUGCCUCAAAAAACGUGAAUCUCAGAACUGCGAUCUUUAGGAAUGUCUUUUUUAAUUUUAUAGAUAGGAUGUAAGAAAAAUUUCGAAUACACCUUUUUU